GAGGGCGGGAUGGCGCCGAUGUGCGGCGGAUGGUCCCGGCCCCGGGUUGAGGCCCGGGGCUGAGGCGCUUAGAGCCUCCCGUUCUGUGGGGAUGCGGAGGGGUCCCCUUCCCUCCCCCGUGAGGCGGAGCCCGUCCUGGGGAGGCUGGCGGCCCUUGUCACCGUGCUGUGGGUGGAUGUUCUGGCCCCCGGGUCGGGCCUGCGGCAGCUCCCCCUGGCUGGGCUGCACAGAGCGGCCGGCCUGGGAGGCUCAUGGCUUGUGUGUCGUUUCUAGGCUGCUGGGACCAGGGCUUCAGGAGGACACCAUGACCGGGAGGCUGUGGUGCAAGGCCAUUUUUGCUGGCUACAAACGUGGCCUCCGAAACCAGCGGGAGCACACUGCCCUUCUGAAAAUAGAAGGCGUUUAUGCACGUCAGGAGACAGACUUCUACUUGGGCAAGAAGUGUGCCUAUGUAUACAAAGCUAAAAACAACACUGUAACCCCCGGCGGCAAGCCCAACAGGACACGAGUGAUCUGGGGGAAGGUAACGCGCGCCCAUGGGAACAGUGGCAUGGUUCGUGCCAAGUUCCGUUCCAACCUUCCUGCCAAGGCCAUUGGACACAGAAUCCGGGUGAUGCUGUAUCCAUCUAGGAUCUAAAUUUUUAUUGGAAAUAAAAUGGAGAAUCUGUUUAA